GGUUUUGUUUUUUUUUUUUUUCUAUAAAUAAUUUGAUUAAUAGGUUCAAUCGUUAUAUUUAACAGAGAAAAACCCUGUAGACUGUAAUUCCCUCCUCUCUCUCAUCCCUGCCGAUCUCUUCAUGUUCAUCAUCCUCAGCUUCUUCGUCUCGGUAUAAUUCCGUGGAGUGGAGGAUGCAAGGGUUUGCAGGCGGAGGAGGAGGCGGUGGUGUUGGGCCAACCGAUUUGGCCCAGCUCCAGUCUACAAUGCACGCUAUCGAACUUGCUUGUUCUUCCAUUCAGAUGCAUAUUAAUCCAGCUGCCGCUGAGGCUACUAUUUUAUCACUAUUCCAGUCACCUCAUCCAUACAAGGCAUGCCAGUUCAUUUUAGAGAAUUCUCAGGUGGCAGAUGCUAGGUUUCAGGCUGCUGCAGCUAUUCGAGAUGCAGCUAUCCGAGAAUGGAGUUUCCUUCAGGCUGACGACAAGAGAAACUUGAUUAGUUUUUGUCUUUGUUAUAUGAUGCAACAUGCUAGUUCACACGAAGGCUAUGUACAAUCAAAAAUAUCUUCCGUGGCUGCUCAGUUGAUGAAAAGGGGCUGGCUUGAGUUUGCACCAGCUGAGAAGGAGGUGUUUUUCUAUCAGGUUAACCAGGCUGUUCUUGGUGCUCAUGGCUUAGACGUGCAAUUUAGCGGGAUAAGUUUCGUGGAAUCAUUGGUAUCUGAAUUUUCUCCCACCACUUCAAGUGCCAUGGGUCUUCCACGUGAAUUUCAUGAGCAGUGUCAAAUGUCAUUGGAGCUAGAUUAUCUAAAGACAUUCUACUGUUGGACAAAAGAUGCUGCCUUAAGUGUUACAAACAGAAUAAUUGAAUCCAAUUCUGAGGUUCCGGAGGUCAAAGUUUGUAAUGCUGCACUCCGUCUCAUGCUUCAAAUACUGAAUUGGGACUUCCGUUAUAACAGUAGGGGCACAAAAACUGGCAUAAAUGUUUUUACAGCUGGGUUAAGAUCUGGCAGUGUUUCACCUCGGAGAUCUGAGUGUAUCCUGGUGCAGCCUGGUCCUGCAUGGCGUGAUGUUUUGAUUUCAAGUGGCCACAUUGGAUGGCUUCUGAGUUUAUAUUCAGCACUGAGAAAGAAGUUUUUGUGUGAGGGUUACUGGCUUGACUGUCCUAUUGCAGUUUCUACUCGAAAGCUUAUUGUUCAGUUCUGCUCGUUGACAGGAACAGUAUUUUCUUCUGAUAAUGGGCAGAUGCAAGAGCAUCACUUUCUACAGCUGCUUUCUGGGAUAUUAGAGUGGAUAGAUCCUCCUGAUGUCAUUUCAAAGGCAAUUGAAGGUGGAAAAAGUGAAAGUGAGAUGCUUGAUGGUUGCCGAGCAUUGCUAUCUAUUGCAACCGUAACAACUCCUCUUGUCUUUGACCAACUCUUGAAAUCAAUGAGGCCUUUUGGCACUCUUACCCUAUUGUCCACCUUGAUGUGUGAAGUUGUUAAAGUUCUAAUGACUAAUGACACUGAAGAGGAAACUUGGAGUUGGGAGGCGCGUGAUAUCUUGUUAGAUGCCUGGACCAUGCUACUUGUGGCUAUGGAUAGUUCCAGUGGGAAUUCUUUGCUUCCACCAGAGGGAAUAAAUGCUGCUGCCAAUCUUUUUUCUUUGAUCAUUGAGUCUGAGCUAAAAGUGGCUUCUGCAUCAGCAACAAAUGAAGAUUAUGACACUGAAUACUUACAGGCUUCUGUUUCUGCUAUGGAUGAGAGGCUAGCUUCCUAUGCCCUCAUUGCAAGAGCAGCAGUUGAGUACACGAUUCCUUUGCUGACAAGACUUUUUUCUGAGCGCUUUGCGAGACUCCAUCAGGGUAGAGGCAUUAUUGAUCCAACUGAAACUCUGGAGGAACUUUAUUCGUUGUUGUUAAUAGCUGGCCAUGUCCUUGCUGAUGAAGGGGAGGGAGAAACGCCCUUGGUUCCAAAUGCCAUACAAACUCAUUUUGUGGACACUCUAGAACCAGAUAAGCACCCUGUCAUUGUGCUUUCCGGCUUGAUUAUAAAAUUUGCCGAGCAGAGUUUUGAUGCAGAAAUGAGAGCAUCAAUGUUCAGCCCUCGACUUAUGGAGGCUGUGAUAUGGUUCCUUGCAAGAUGGUCUCAUACAUAUCUAAUGCCUCAUGAAGAACUUAGAGAGAAUAACUGCAAUCCAGGUUCUGAUCAGCACCGGUCACUACACUCCGGAAAGGCUUUACUUGAUUUUUUUAGUGAACACAAUCAGGGAAAACCUGUGCUUGACAUUGUUGUUCGUAUCUCCUUGACAUCACUCAUCUCAUAUCCUGGUGAGAAGGAUUUGCAGGCACUAACUUGUUAUCAACUUCUGCACGCACUGGUUCGGCGGAAAAAUAUUUGUUUUCACCUUGUUUCAUUGGAUUCAUGGCGUGAGCUAGCAAAUGCUUUUGCAAAUGAAAAGGCUCUGUUCUUGUUGAAUUCCACCAGUCAGCGUUCGCUGGCUCAGACCCUUGUUCUUUCAGCUUAUGGGAUGAGAGAUUCAGGAGCAUCAAAUCAAUAUGUGCGGAGUCUAUUGGGCCCUAUGACAACAUAUCUUGUGGAAUUGUCUAAAAAGAAUAACCUUAAGAGUGCUGCUCAACAACCAGAUGUCAUAUUGUUGGUCACUUGUUUGUUGGAAAGACUUCGUGGAGCUGUCGGUGCUACAGAACCUCGGACGCAGCAAGCCCUUUAUGACAUAGGGAUCACUGUCAUGAACCCUGUUUUGAUUCUCCUUGAAGUUUACAAACAUGAGUCUGCAGUUGUUUACCUGCUACUUAAAUUUGUCGUUGACUGGGUGGAUGGGCAAAUUUCCUACCUAGAAGCUCAAGAAACAGCUGUGGUGAUUGAUUUCUGCAUGCGUCUGCUGCAACUUUACUCAUCUCAUAACAUUGGCAAGAUAUCAAUUAGUCUUUCAAGCAGCUUGCUUAGUGAGGCAAAAACUGAGAAGUACAAGGAUUUACGUGCUCUUCUUCAGCUUCUUUCAAAUCUUUGUUCAAAAGAUCUGGUGGACUUCUCAUCAGAUACUGUUGAGGAAGAGAGUACAAACAUAUCUCAGGUUGUCUACUUUGGACUUCACAUAGUUACACCCUUGAUAUCCUUGGAUCUGCUGAAAUAUCCUAAGCUUUGUCAUGAUUACUUUGCUCUACUAUCACAUAUGUUGGAGGUUUAUCCUGAAACAGUUGCCCAAUUAAAUAGGGAUGCCUUUGCUCAUGUGCUUGGAACUCUUGAUUUUGGUCUUCACCAUCAGGACACAGAAGUAAUUACGAUGUGCUUGAGAGCUCUUAAAGCGCUGGCUUCUUAUCACUACAAGGAGACCAGUGGUGGCAAAAUGGGACUGGGAUCACAUGCUGCAGGUCUCACAGAUCCAAACGGAAAUUUGCAGGAAGGAAUUAUGAGUCGGUUUCUUCGUUCAUUGCUGCAGUUACUUCUUUUUGAGGAUUAUAGUCCUGACCUAGUUGGCACUGCAGCAGAUGCUCUCCUUCCAUUAAUUCUUUGUGAGCAAAGCCUGUACAAGAAAUUAGGCAAUGAAUUGGUUGAUAAACAGGCAAAUCCAACAUUCAGGUCAAGGCUGGCAAAUGCAUUACAGUCACUCACAAGUUCAAAUCAAAUAUCUUUUGUGCUAGAUCGAGCAAACUAUCAGAGAUUCAGGAAGAAUCUAAACAGCUUUCUGAUUGACGUGCGGGGAUUUUUGCGGACAAAAUGAUGCAUGCCAACUGUAAAUUUUUGUAGAAUAGUUUUUUAAAUCUAACAUACGUGAUUGAGAAGAAUGAAGCUGCAGCUGCAAAGAAGGAAAAGAAGCUUCAUAGUUAAGAAACAUUUUGAUUGUCAUUAUCGCCAGUUGCUUGUGAAUGCUCUUGUACUGACAGAUAUAAAACAGUGGUGAGACAAUCUAUUUUGAUUCCAAAUUCUUCAUUGGAAGAACAGGACAACGCAUGGAAGGCCAAGACUGGAUUUAACCUGAGCAGGCAUUUGGAAUAGAAAACUCUGUUUAUCUGUCUCAGUCAUGGAUCAACAUGAAUCAGUUCGUGCAUCCAGGAGUUGAAUGCCAUCUUUCUGUAAUCUUGGCUGAAGCUCCUUCGCAGUCCGGACAUCUUAGGUCGAGACUAAUCAAAGUAUUAACUACUUGUUUUGAAGGGAUAAGCUGCUAGGCGAUAUGAUGUUUAUUCUUGGCAUUUGUGCACAAAAGUUUGUCUUUGUUGUGAACUUUAAAUGACUUCGUAUCGGAAAUAUAUUAUGUAUUAGCGGGAAA